ACAGUAAUAGUUUCCUGUGAGUUCUGUGUAAAUACUAAUAACUGAUUACUGGCGUUAUUGUAGUUUUUGUGCCUAGAAUGUAUUUAAUGUAUCUGGAAGGAUUUUGUGGAUCUGAAGGGUUCUUUGAAUAACGUAACCUUUGUUGAUUGCGCACUGUUUCGAAAAUUUGUGGAUUGUGUUGGUCACCUUGGUAAACAAGCCGCAAAAUCCGAAGGAAUGGCCGCAGCUGCAGCAGCCAGAGUACAAGAAGUGAGAGAAAUCACAAGGAUUGAGCGAAUUGGUGCUCAUUCUCAUAUUCGUGGACUUGGACUUGAUGACAGUCUAGAACCGAGACAUGUGUCACAGGGCAUGGUGGGACAGCUAUCUGCUCGUCGGGCGGCAGGAGUUAUACUAGAGAUGAUCAAGGAAGGAAAGAUAGCUGGAAGAGCAAUUUUACUGGCUGGACAACCAGGAACUGGUAAGACUGCAAUUGCACUGGGAAUGGCCCAAGCCCUAGGAAUAGACACUCCGUUCACGAGCAUGGCAGGAUCUGAAAUAUACAGCCUAGAGAUGAGUAAGACUGAAGCUUUGACACAAGCAAUCCGAAAAUCAAUUGGUGUUCGAAUCAAAGAGGAGACUGAGAUCAUUGAGGGAGAAGUUGUGGAGAUCCAGGUGGAUAGGCCUGCUACAGGAGUGGGUACGAAGGUUGGGAAGCUAACACUGAAGACCACUGAGAUGGAGACUAUAUAUGAUCUUGGUAAUAAGAUGAUUGAAUCUCUCAUGAAGGAGAAGGUUCAGGCAGGAGAUGUUGUAACAAUUGACAAAGCAACUGGAAAAAUCAGUAGGCUGGGCCGCUCUUUCACACGUGCAAGGGACUAUGAUGCCACAGGUCCUCAAACAAGAUUUGUACAGUGUCCAGAGGGGGAGUUGCAGAAACGAAAAGAAGUGGUACAUACAGUGACACUGCAUGAAGUUGAUGUCAUCAACAGUCGAACACAUGGCUUUCUGGCCCUUUUUUCAGGUGACACAGGGGAAAUCAAAGCAGAAGUACGAGAACAAAUUAAUGCAAAGGUUGCUGAGUGGAGAGAAGAAGGGAAAGCAGAGAUUGUUCCAGGAGUGCUUUUUAUUGAUGAGGUUCAUAUGUUGGACAUUGAGUGUUUCUCAUUUCUGAACCGAGCUCUGGAGAAUGAAAUGGCUCCUGUAGUGAUCAUGGCUACUAAUCGUGGCAUUACACGCAUCAGGGGCACCAAUUACAAAUCCCCACAUGGUAUUCCAAUAGAUCUUCUGGACAGGAUGAUUAUAGUUUCAACAUCACCUUAUCAAGAGAAGGACUUGAAGGAAAUUCUAAAGAUAAGAUGUGAGGAGGAAGACUGUGAAAUGUCUGAUGAUGCUCUCACUGUUUUGACACGUAUUGCUCUUGAAACUUCUCUCCGUUAUGCCAUUCAGCUCAUCACAACUGCUAGUCUCGUCUGUCGAAAAAGAAAGAGUACUGAGGUUAACAUUGAGGAUGUGAAGAGAGUUUAUUCACUCUUUCUGGAUGAAAGCAGAUCUGCACAGUUUCUUAAAGAAUACCAGGAUGAAUUUAUGUUUAAUGAAAUGGAAGAAGAACCGAUGGAAGUAACAGCUUGAAAGAUAAUCAGCAGGUAUCAGUGACUGAUGCUGGCUUCACAUAACACUGUCCUUUACUGGCUGAACUUACUAAAAUGGGAACAAGCCUAAGAGAAAGUUGUUCAACCAACGUGCUGCUGUGACCUACCUACACCUAUCCAUAGUGCCCGCCUACCACAGUGUACAGUACUGUUCAAAUUCAUAUGGAACAGCAUCAUUUUAUUCAAACUGAACUUCCAGGUGGGAAAUUCAAACUGAUGUUGACUGAAUGAACUGUAUUAAACACGUAUUACAGUUGGUGAUAAGAACAUGAUGCAACAUAAUGAUUUCUUUAUUGAAAGUAAAAGUAGUAAUCAGUGUAGUGUGCAAUUAUUGAAGGAGGAAUGGAAAUAAAAUGUUGGCUUUCAUGGUUACCAUGUUAAUAACUUGUUUAUAUCACAAAAUGUAUAACACUACAGAUUCUGUUUGCUUCAGACAAGUUCUACAAGCAUGAAAUAAUUGUUCUACCUUGUAAAGUUUGCUGGAUGUGGUGUGACAUUUAUAAGCAUAAGCCUCAUGUUACUGAAACUUGUUUACAUCUGUUCAGUAUCGUGUACUGUUGCCAUUUUUUUUGGGGGGGGGGGUUAAGUUGUAUGAUUUAAAAAAUAAGGAAAGUUUGAGCAACUGCAAGUAGUGAUGUGUGCAUAAGAUGAUGGUCUGGAAUACAAUCAUGAAACUCA